UAUGUAACGUGAGACAUUUGUUGGACUUUUGGACUUGAUACUUUAUUGCCCAAAAAAAAUCCACCCAAUCCACUUGUUUUCAUAUGAACAAGACACGGAGUAAAUAAAAUAAAUAAUUUAGAGUAAAAUACAGAAAUUCCACAAUUUAGUCUAUAAAAUCCAGUCUCGUAUUGCCUGUUCAUUUACUGUAUUAUUUCGUCACAAGAAAACAAGUUGCCAGUUAUUCUCCCGGCUUAUCAAAAAUACUGAUAAGAUAUUUAGUAACUCGGCUUACUUUCCUUUGCAUAGUUAAACUUUUAAGACUGUGAUAUUGUGAAAUAACACUGCCAGACAAAUUAUUCAGAUUCAGAGCUGAUCUUUCACCAAUUUUCAUCCACUUUUUGUCAACCAAUUAACUAUGACCAAAGCAGUUGACGUUGUUCCGGAGACGAAGAAGGCGAAGCCGCCCCCUGUCAGUGCGAUAAAAAAUUUCUUAGCUGGUGGUUUCGGAGGAAUGUGUCUCGUCUCGGCAGGUCAUCCCUUGGACACGAUCAAGGUCAGAUUGCAAACACAACCAAUCCCAAAACCCGGCGAGUCGUUGAUGUACAAGGGAACAUACGAUUGUUUCAAGAAAAUUGUGAAGCAUGAAGGCGUCCUCGGACUGUAUAAGGGAAUGGGGGCCCCUAUUGUCGGCGUUGCUCCCAUUUUCGCCCUAUCCUUUUUCGGCUAUGGCGUGGGCAAGCAGAUGGUCGCUCGUCACGAGGACGAGGAACUCUCCGCCCUGCAAAUGUUCUUCGCUGGUGGGAUAUCGGGUAUAAUGACGACCGUGAUAAUGACGCCGGGAGAAAGAAUAAAGUGCCUUUUACAAAUCCAGCAAGGGAAAGGAGCCGAGGUGAAGUACAAUGGUCCCGUCGACUGUGCAAAACAACUAGUGAAACAGGGCGGGGUGCAGAGUUUGUAUAAGGGGACGUGUGCCACACUUUUAAGAGACGUGCCUGCGUCGGCCAUGUACUUCAUGACGUAUGAACAGCUCAAGAAAGCCCUCGCCCCGCCAGGGAGCACGGAACUCAGCGCGUGGCGAACCUUGUUGGCCGGUGGGUGUGCCGGGAUAUUAAACUGGGCCGUCGCCAUCCCGGCGGACGUUAUGAAAAGUAGACUACAAACAGCACCUGAAGGAAUGUAUCCUCGCGGAGUACGGGACAUUUUCCCCAAGAUCAUAAAGGAGGAGGGACCCAAAGCCCUGUACAAGGGAUGUGUCCCCGUCAUGCUCAGAGCUUUUCCUGCCAACGCGGCCUGCUUUAUGGGUUACGAAGUUGCCCUCAAGUUUCUAAACUGGGCGGCCCCUAACUUGUAAAAUCUUGUAAUGUUAGUUGGAACACAGUGUUAGGUAUAUUUUUGCAUAAGCUUUAAAAAAGGCCAAGUCUUCAGUGACCGCAUUGUUGCCUUGUUGAUCAUGACUUAAACAAUAUAAAAAACUCUAUAUAUAUUAAAUCAUUAUUAUGUUACUCUGUAGAUGACUGAAUAAUUUUGUGACCAAAGAUAUAAAGAAAUAUAUGUGCAUGAGAGUUAAUGAA